AUGUCUGCGAUCUCCGUCAAAAACUUGACCUACUCCCACAAACCCGGCAUAUCUCCCUCAUUAACUGAUAUAGAUCUUGAUUUACCGCCAGGGUCACGCACUAUACUCAUUGGUGCAAAUGGAGCCGGGAAAUCCACUCUUCUACAGAUUUUGGCUGGCAAGAGAUUGGUCUCAGCGCCAGGAGCAGAUAUCCGCGUCCAAGGCAAGGAUGUCUUCCGUGAAUACCUCCACGGUGUCACUUUCCUCGGCACCGAAUGGGCUAUGAACCCGGUCGUGCGCGGUGACAUCGUGGUGGCUUCAUUCCUCGACUCUGUGGGCGGCUGGAGGUACAAGGAACGCAGGGACGAGCUGCUGGAUAUUCUCGAUGUCGACUUGGACUGGCACAUGCAUCAGAUAUCGGAUGGAGAACGACGUCGUGUGCAGCUCGUCAUGGGUUUAAUGCAACCCUGGGAUGUCCUGCUUCUGGAUGAGGUUACUGUGGACCUUGAUGUCCUAGUCCGCGAUGACCUACUAUCAUUCCUCCAAGCCGACAGUGAGAAACGGAAUGCCACCAUCAUUUAUGCAACUCAUAUAUAUGAUGGGUUGAACAACUUCCCGACUCACAUUGCCCAUAUGCGCUUCGGGAAGAUGGUCACUCCUCCUACCUCAUGGCCGCCAUCCGCGUCUGACGCGCACGCCGUUGACAUUACCUCGAAACUCGGACCCAAUCCGCUGUUGUACCACACGGCGUUGCAGUGGCUGAAGGAAGAUCGAGAACACCGCCGCGAGCUGGAGGCCCAAGGUAGGAAGACUCGAGGUGCACGCAGAAAUGAGACUGUACCGUCAGAUUCGGAGACGUUCUAUAGAAAAUACGACUAUAGUCAUUAACCGCUAAUAACAGCGGGGGCGAUCCUCCCCAGGAAUGCCCAGUCUCAACACCACAUCGCGAUGCCCCGAGGCCCCCUUAAUGAGUUUCAACACCAUCAUACUGGCUCAACGCUACCCACCGGAUGUAUCAACACUGUCGUCAUUACUUGUUUCCAACACCGUCUAUUCUGUAUCUUGAUGUAGCGUAUCGUUGUUGCCGUCACAGAAGCAUUCACCUGCACCCUCAAGCUUGUAUGUAGAAUAUCUGUCCCGAUCGAACCUCCGCACUAAAAAUCAGAGACUUAGUCCAA